AUUAGUCUUCAUUGCAUCGAUCAUAACUGUGUUUCAACCAAAAUGUUUCGCAUUUUGAAAGUUAUCGCUGUGUGUAUUUUUUACCAUCAUUGUUGCGCUUUUCAGAUUGCCGAAACUAAUAGGACAUCGAAAUUUGCUUUCGGUAUUGGUUUAGUCAGGUUCGCAAAUUCCCUUUGUGUAAGCCCUGAUGGCCUUGAAGGAGCAUGUUAUACGAAAAGAGAAUGUAGAAAGUUUGGAGGUACUGGAUUCGGAAGCUGUGCUAAUGGUUUAGGAGUAUGCUGUGUAGUGCAGAAGAGCUGCGACGGAACAACGACUUCAAACAAUACAUAUUUCACCAGUCCAAAUUUUCCGAGUUCUUAUGGUGAAGGAACAACUUGUUCAUUCAAUAUUAAGAAGCUGGACAACGAUAUAUGCCAGGCAAGAAUUGAUUUUAUUGCCUUUUCGCUGGAUCAACCAAAUGCAAACGGCGUUUGUGUUAAUGAUGGAUUAACUAUAAUUGGAGGAGCAUCUCCUGUACCAACAAUUUGUGGCGAAAACGGUGGUCAACAUAUAUAUGUGAAUUUCGCCGAGAGGGGUAGUAUACAAAUGAAUAUUUUCACUGGACUUUCAGCAAACACAAGGAGAAUUUGGAGCUUCAAGAUAUCACAAAUAGGGUGCGACUGUCCCACUAGAGCCCCAUCUGGAUGCCUCAUGUAUCACACCUCACUUUCUGGGACUGUGAGGAGCUUCAAUUAUGGCACAACAGGGAAUGCAGCAUCUUCAAGACAACUCAUAAAUCAAAAUUAUGGUGUAUGUAUAGCCAUGCAACCUGGAUAUUGUUCCAUAAACUGGAGUCAAACCAGUGGAGAUCAGUAUUCAUUCAGCGUAUCCGGUAAUACUGCCACUUCUGCUUCAGAUGGAACUAUAGGCACCAAUGCGGGGGCAAUUAUUGGAGCUCUUUGUACUAAUGACUACGUUGUAAUACCGAGUCCAACAUUUACGGAUACUCGAACGCCUGCAAAUGUCGAUAGAUUCUGUGGGAACGGAUUCGAGCCAUUAUCAACAUCUUCUAAACCUUUCGUACUGACAGUUGUAACUGAUGCAAUGGAGGUGGGGGACAUUGGAAAUCGUGGAUUUUCUUUGGAUUUUUCACAGCAAAGAUGUACUGGAAUGCCAUUUUGAUCGAAUAAAAGAAAUAAGCAAACAGAGA